CGCUCCUGAGCGGGCCCAUGGCGAGCUACGCGCGGCUGGGUGCUGUGGCCAAGGUGCCCCUCCUGGGGCUGGGCACAUGGAAGUCCCCACCAGGUAAGGUGGAAGGCGCAGUGAUGGCUGCCAUCGACGCCGGGUAUCGCCACUUUGACUGUGCCUACGUGUACCAGAACGAGAAAGAAGUUGGGGAAGGGAUCCAGCAGAAAAUCAAGGAAGGUGUUGUGAAGCGAGAGGACCUCUUCAUCGUCAGUAAGCUAUGGUGCACGUUUCAUGACAAGCCUCUGGUGAAGGGAGCCUGCCAGAAGACUCUUGCUGACUUGAAACUGGAUUACCUGGAUCUCUACCUCGUGCACUGGCCUUUUGGUUGGAAGGCAGGAGAGGAGCUGUUUCCCACAGACGACAAAGGCAUGUGUGUACCCAGCAACACAGAUAUUCUACAUACAUGGGAGGCCAUGGAAGAGCUGGUGGAUGCUGGUCUGGUGAAAGCCAUUGGUAUCUCCAACUUUAACCGUGAGCAGACUGAAAGAAUCCUGAGCAAACCAGGACUAAAGUACAAGCCUGCAAAUAACCAGAUCGAGUGUCAUCCAUACCUUUCCCAGGAGAAGCUGAUUAACUAUUGCCAAUCCAGAGACAUCACUGUGACAGCAUACUGUCCCCUUGGACGCCCUGACAGGGCUAAACCAGAGGAGCCUUCCCUUCUGGAUGACCCUAAGAUCAAAGAGAUUGCAGCCAAGCACAACAAAACCCCAGCACAGGUUCUCCUUCGCUUCCAGAUCCAGAGAAAUGUGAUUGUGAUUCCCAAGUCUGUCACACCACAGCGCAUUGUGGAGAACUCCAAGGUGUUUGACUUUGAAUUAACUAAAGAGGAGAUGGCAACUCUUCUCAGCUUAAACAGAAACAGAAGGAUCUGUGAAAUGAUCACGUGCAAAAAUCACAAGGAGUACCCUUUCAAUGCUGAAUACUGAAGACAAUUUUUUCCUGCCCUC